ACUUAAGAUAUAAAAUAUUUCAUAUUUGCAGUUGCUACUUGGUAAAUGUCGGGAAUUGUGAUUCUGUUUUGAAGCACCCUCAUGUGAAUGUUUUUUAUUAUUUCUAUGGCAACUAAAUAUAUUUUGUCAUGAUUAUUUCUUUUUGAUUUAAUUUUUUGAUAAUCUGAAUUUAGGCUAACGGAUUUUUUUCUCCAAAAGUAAAUGAUGUUUAAUCCUUCUCAGUUGGAAGUAGAUAGUUGGAAAGGAGAUUGGGGAUUACCUUCAAUUGAUUACAAAUGUCUAGAAGUAUUGGCAUUUGCUAGAUUUACCAAUGCACCAAUUACUAUCAACUAUUCGAACAAUCCAUUUAAAUCUGUAAAUGGCUAUUUGCCCAUGGUCAGCUUUAAAAAAAGAAUAAUAUCCAACAGAGAUCAAUUAAUAGAAUGCCUUGAAAAACAAAAUCUUAGUCCUGAUUUUGGAUUGUCUAACCAACAACUUGCUGAAGAAUAUGCUACAAUCAGUAUGUUAGAUGCACAACUUGAACCAGCAUUAUUAUAUGCUUGGUGGUUAGAUGAGAAUAAUUGUCUUAAUUUUACUAAGCCAUUGUAUAGAAACGCUUUAAAAUUUCCAUUAAAUUGGUAUUAUCCAAAUGCUUAUGAAAAAGCAGCCAAACAUAAAAUCUAUACAUUAUACAGCCAUUUAGAUUCUGAUAAUGAUAUUAUGAUGGAAAUUUAUACCGAGGCAAUAAAAUGUAUUAAUGGCUUAGAAAAUCGUCUGGGCAAUAAUUUUUACUUUUUUGGAUCUCAUCCUACAUUAUUAGAUGCAGUUGCCUAUAGUUAUUUAGGACCACUAUCAAACGCCCCAUUAAAUGAUAAUAAGCUACAAGCACACAUAAAGACAUGUAAAAAUUUGUGUAUAUGGAUUGAUAGAAUAUCUAGAGAGUAUUUCAAACUAGAUUGGCAAGCUCACAAAUGUAAUGAAAAAAAAAAAGAGGAAUCUAAUAAAAAAAUAGAAGUUAUACGUUGGUACAAAAGAGACGAAACUAGAAAUGUAUUGAUUGGACUAACUUCUCUAAUUACAAUGGUUGUAUAUUCAUUCAAAAUAGGAUUAAUUAGAUUAAGUGAUACAAGCGAUGAUGAAGAAGAAGAGGAUGAAGAAAAUUGAUAUUUUUAAUCACCAUACAUUUUAUAUAAUGUAGUAGUAGGCUAUUUCUUUCUUUCUGUAUGUUCCUAAAUUUAUUAGUAAUCAAUUUAAUUACUUAAAUUGCUUCUGAACUGAUAUUUUUAAAGUUAAUAUUGAGUUAUUGACAUUUAUAAAAAAAAAAACAGUUAACAAAAAACAAAAUGAGUAUAUUAUGUUUAUUUAGUAUUUAUGAGUUUGUGUUGAAGUUCAUAAAUUCCAACUGGAUGACCUGCUUUUUCAUCAUAGUCCACCCAUUCUCUUUCUUCUAAGUUUAUAUCCUCAAAAGGUGUAUUACUUUCAAUGCCACGACACUUAAAGCCAUUUCUAGGUGAAAAAUCCACAACUGACAUGCCUCGACAGUCGAACGACACAACUGUUUUAAAUUUGUUUGAGUCUUCAAUAGUAUAUUUUGAUACAGUUUCAGGUAGAAUAUCUAAACAAAAUUCAGUACUUUUUAAUAAUUUGUAGCCAUAUAAAAAACGUUAAAAUGUUAUAGUUUAAAUUAUCUUCAAUCAUACCAAUUGAACUGUCUCUAGAACACAUUUUGCACUUAGUAACCAAAUUAGCUUCACCUCUACUCCCUUUCAUUGAAACUUUUUCCUUAAAGAAAUCAGGAUAGAUUUUAAAUAUUUUAUAAUAAUAAGUUUAACAUUAAUUACUUGUUAAAAUCAAAUUGAUACUAACGUCUUGAGACAUAUAUAUCCAUUUAUCUGAUUGCUCGCCACAAUUUGUACAUUGAAACUGCAACCGAUAAAUAAGAUGUGCAUCAUAA